GUUUUUUUUCGGCUGGGCCGAUACCCUCAAAGCUGGCCGAGGAGGAGGAGGGAGGAGGCGGUAACAGCCAGAGCGAGGAAUUUGCAAGCGAGGGUCGGGAUGGGCUCGGUUUCCAACCAGCAGUUUGCAGGUGCCAAGACAGGCGAGGAGGCGACUGGAGACUCCCCCAAGGCUGAGAACGAGCCCCAGCUGCUUCAUGGCUCGGGCAUCUGUAAGUGGUUCAACGUCCGCAUGGGCUUCGGCUUCCUCUCCAUGACCGCCAAGGGCGGCGCGGCGCUCGAAUCACCCGUCGAUGUCUUCGUGCACCAGAGCAAGCUCCACAUGGAGGGUUUCCGCAGCCUCAAGGAGGGCGAAGCCGUCGAAUUCACCUUCAAGAAAUCGUCCAAAGGUUUGGAGUCCAUCCGGGUGACCGGCCCUGGCGGCGUCUUCUGCAUUGGCAGCGAGAGGAGACCCAAGGGCAAGAGCCUGCAGAAGCGCAGGGUGAAAGGAGACCGGUGCUACAACUGCGGCGGGCUGGACCACCACGCCAAGGAGUGCAAGCUGCCGCCGCAGCCCAAGAAGUGCCACUUCUGCCAGAGCAUCGCGCACAUGGUGGCCAACUGCCCGGCCAAGGCGCAGCAGUCGCCCGGCUCGCAGGGCAAGGCGGCCGGCCUCCGCGAGGAGGAGGAGGAGGGCGAGGUGCGCAGCCCCGCGCCCCUGCCCGAGCCCCGCGAAUGAUGGCGGGCGCCGGGG